AUGGACGCAGACGCCUUUCGCCAGGCGGCUCAGUCUGCAAUCGAAGAGAUCAUCUCCUACAACAAGAACAUAGCAUCCUUACCCGUUCUCCCACAAAUCAAGCCAGGCUAUCUCGCACCACAGAUCCCCACCUCAGCACCCACCAAACCACAACCAUGGUCCGACAUCCAACCCGACAUCUCCAGCAAAAUCAUCCCCGGCCUCACACACUGGCAAUCCCCGAAAUUCAUGGCCUUCUUCCCAGCAUGCGUCACCUACCCCUCCAUCAUCGGCGAGAUGUACUCGGCCGCCUUCACCGCCCCAGCCUUCAACUGGCUCUGCUCGCCCGCCUGCACCGAGCUCGAAACCGUCGUCACAGACUGGAUGUGCCAAGCCUUCUCCCUCCCCCCGUCCUUCCUCUCCACCUCCCCCAACGGCGGCGGCGGCACAAUCCAAGGCUCCGCCUCCGAAGCCAUCGUCACCUGCAUGGUCGCCGCCCGCGAACGCUACCUCCACCGAAAAUGCACCUCCGAAAACCUUCAACCCAACACUCCCGAAUGGGAAGACCGCAUCUCCACCCUCCGAGGCAAGCUCAUCGCCCUCUCCUCCGACCAAACCCACUCCUCCACCGCCAAAGGCGCCCGCAUAGCCGGCACGCGCUUCCGCGCCAUCCCAACCUCCUACACCGACGACCUCGCCCUCACCGGCCAAUCCCUCGCCAGCACCCUCGCCGAAUGCGCCGCUCAAGGCCUCGAGCCCUACUACAUCACCCUCACACUGGGCACCACCUCAACCUGCUCUGUCGACGACUUCGCCUCCCUCGCACCAAUCCUCCGCCAACACCCCAACAUCUGGGUGCACGUCGACGCCGCGUACGCCGGCGCAGCCCUCAUUCUCCCCGAAUACGCCAACAAGUACUCGCACCACAUGUCCAUAGCAGACAGCUUCAACAUGAACAUGCACAAAUGGCUGCUCGUCAACUUUGAUGCCUCGAUGCUAUACGUCCAGAACCGCACGGACCUGACCCGUGCAUUGUCGGUGUCGGCGCCGUACUACGAGAACAAGGCGAGCGAUUCGGGCAUGGUCACGGACUAUCGGGACUGGCAGAUUCCGCUGGGGAGGCGGUUCAGGGCGUUGAAGAUUUGGUUUGUGGUAAGGACUUUUGGGCUGGAGGGGAUGCGGGAGCAUAUCUCAAGGACGAUUAGAUUGGGGGAGUUGUUUGCGGGGUUGGUUGGGGAGAGGAGGGAUUUGUUUGAGGUUGUCGCGCGGCCGGCGUUUGCUCUGACGUGUUUUCGGUUGAAGCCGGAGUUGUUUGAGGCAAAGGCGGUUGUCAACGGCAACGGUCAUAUUGAAGAGGGUGUGAAGGCGCCACUGCCUGAUGUACCGGCGAAGACGCCUCUCAAAUCUGUGGCCGCGACUGCCGCAGCGACUAAUGGAACAUCCACGCCAACGUUCUCCUCGACGAACGGCGAGCACACUCUCAACGGCUCAGCAUCAGCGUCAAAAGCAGCAGAAACGACCGCCAACACACUCACGAAGAAUAUCACCGACCUGAUCAACGAACGUGGCGAAGUCUUCCUCACCGGAUCGACGGCUGGAGGGAAGACAUUCAUCAGAGUCGUCAGUGGCAAUGCGAAUGCUGAGGAGAAGUACAUUCGCGAGGCGUGGGAGGAGAUUCUGAAAGUGACAGAAGAGGUGCUGGGCGAGUGGAGGCGUGAACGAGGUCAGCCAUAG